AUGAGCUCAUUGCCCAGUGCUGAGAAAACAGCCGCCUUCCAGGGGCUGACCACAGGACUCCAUGUGGCUGCAGAGGAGAUGCCCCUGCUCUCCCACCCAGAGGACUCAGAAAAUCCUAGAUUUGAGAAAAGUCCAGUUCUACAGCUGCAGCUGCGGAAACGAGCUCCCACUCAGAUGGGCUUCGCUGUCAAAGGGGAGGAGAUGAGAAAUCCCCCAUCCGGUGUUUUGAAGGAAACACCUAUGCGCGAAACGCUGAGGCCCUGCCAGGGAGUCCCUGGUCCUUCGGAACGCGCACCAGCCCCCGGGGCGCUGGAGCCCGACGCAGCGGCGACCCCCGUGGUCUCGAAUCCAGCAUCUCUCCCCAACCCCCUGGCGCUGGGCUGCUCCCCAAGGUUAUGCCCCCUGUCCUUUGGCGAAGGAGUGGAGUUUGACCCCUUACCACCAACGGAAGUAAGGUACACUUCCUCAGUCAAGUACGACUCAGAGCGGCACUUCAUCGAUGAUGUCCACCUGCCCCUGGGCCUGGCCGUGGCUUCCUGUAGCCAGACGGUCACCUGCAUCCCCAAUUGUACGUGGCGUAACUACAAGGCCGAGGUGCGCUUUGAGCCCCGCCACAAGCCCACACGCUUUCUCAGCACCACCAUCAUCUACCCCAAGUACCCCAAGACCGUCUACACCACCACCCUGGAUUACAACUGCCGCAAGACGCUGAGGAGGUUCCUGUCCAGCGUGGAGCUGGAGGCCGCGGAGUUCCUGGGCGGCGAUUACCUCUCGGAUGAGUGCUGAGGACGAGUGCCCAACCCGCCAGCCCAAGGAGGCCAGCCUUGGCUACCCGACCCCGGCCUGGGGAGGAGAGCAAACAGCAUGGCGCCUUCUCGUUCCUGAGAGAAUUGGGGUUUUUUUUAAAAAUGUUCAAAUUGUUUUUGAAAGGAGCAUAUGUCCUAGUUUGCUGCUGUAUAGUUUCCCCAGAGUCUUCAUGUGAUGAGAGAAUACAAAGAUGACCGGAGCAAAAGGAAAAUGGCCACAACUUGGAAUAGGGAGGGAGAGCUCUUUUUCCAUGGGUCAGUUUAUCUGAGGAAGAGCGUGGAAAAAGUCUCUGGGAUGGAAAAAGUGAGUUUUCAGAAAUUUCAGCCCCGGGUGUCUUCACUGCUCGAAAGUGGUGCUAAUUCAGCAAGCUGUGACACCCAUAUGGGUUCAAUCUGUGGAGAGUUGAGUUCCAUUCCAUUUUUUAUUUCCAUUUCCAUUUGUAUUUCCUGUUAACCAAAACUCUUGGAAUUCUCUAAAUCCUUUUCAUGAUAUCGAAAAACCCCAAACCGCAACAGAAGAUGCCUUUUUAGAAAAGAAAGAAAGAAAAGGUUCACCCUGUUCUGGCCUCCUCAGGAGGGUCAAGUCAGCACCAGCUGCCUCUGGAGCAAUGGCUUCUGCUCUGCUUCCUACCCCCACUCCCACCCUCUGCUGCAAGGUUGGGGAGCUUGGGCUCUAGCAAAGCCCUUCACACCCUUGGCAUCUGGUCAUGUCUCUACAGGCUUGUGUAACUCCUGAUAUAGAUUUUGGGGUUUCCAAAUACUUUCCUUUUUUUUUUUUUAAUUUUCAUAAAACAAAACAGUGAGGACCCUUUUGAGGAAAACAGUGUUUUUAAAGGAUGGUUUGGAAAAACACUUUGGGGGUUCACUCACCAUGGGGACUGAUGAUCACAUUUGAGACUUGGUGUGAGCUGAGAGGAGGUAGGUGCAGAUGUUUCUAGUGACCUGGUUCAUUAGGGUGAGUGUCCUCCCCGGGGACUCUGGGUGGCCUCCUUCUUAAGGCGUGGAGUAUGUCCUCACCAAGGGGGGAUUCUGCCAGUGCCUUAGGCCGAAGUGAAAAAGCAAGGAAGUCUGCCUCCCUCCUUUUGCCCCAGGUUGGGCCAAGGGCGAUUCAGAACAGAGCGUGAUGUCAUGAGCCCAACUGUAAUUCUGGGUGCUGUCCGUUUCUAUUAAGGGUUCAUUUUAGUGUAAGUUACAAUCGUGGUGUUGGGUGUGACCUGAAGAAACUAUAUGAAUUCAUUGAACCAGCUGCAGAAACCAGAAGGGUGUGGUGGCUGGGCACCUCCGAGCUUCAGUCCCUGGCCCUUCUUUCUCCUGCCAGUCCAUGUGGGUUUUGAGCAAGCAUGUCACAGAUGGCUUUUUCUCUUCCAAGGUUGGAAAGAACAAACUGGAUAUUUCCUUCGAAUAUACCCAAAUGAUGACAAGUGCUCAGAGCAUAGAGGAUGAACUCCUGCUGGAUUUCUGGGUUUCUGUUGAUGGUUUCCAUCUGUCCUGAAAGCAGAAUCGAUAGCUCUGUGGGUAUCCUGGGCCACAGCAGGGCCCAAGGAAGAGAGCAGGUGUGAUGAUAAGCACCCUCAUUUCAAGUCAUUGGACACCUAGAGAGUCAAAUUGCCUGGUGUCCUCUUCAGAUUGAACAAGGCCUGGUCCGCCGGGCUCCUGACUGCAUGCAGCCCCGGGGUGCAGCCUGCGGGUUAGGUCCAGAAUUACCCAGGGGAAGCUCAGCAGGGACCCUGCAGACAGGAUCCCUGUAGCUCAAUCAUCACGCUGCGAAAGAGUAAAUUGCACAGCAUUCACUGAUAAAAAUGGAUUUUUCUCUCAUUGCAUGAUCUUGUCCUGUCAGUGGUAAAUGUAAUUUUUAAAUUAUGUGGAGAGAAUUCCCAAGGCUUUGCUCUGGCCUCAUGGGGACACUUGAAUGAAUUCAGAACAGGAAUGUGGGCAGCUGGGAGGGAGAGACUGUGGGAAAGCAUGACCUUUAAACACAACAACAUUUUGAACAUAGCACUGUCCAUAUGAGACUGUUUUGUUCUACCGGGACGGGGUCAAGUUCAGGUAAAUCAUUCUAGGCAGGGGGGAUCUCUGAAAUAGAUCAGUUAAGUAAGUGUGAGGGAGCGAUUGUGAACGUGUAAUGUGAAUGGAAAAGCAGGCUUCGUUUUAAGUUAUUCACUAGGGAACCAGCUGUUUUCUUUCAUAUCCUUCCUCUUUCUCCAAACCUGCUUAGCUGAAAGGUGCAAGAAGGAAGCAGGUGAAGAUACAAUGGGACACUUUAGGGUGGAUCCAGUGGCAUCACUCAGAGGUGGAUUCAAGUCAGUAACAUUCCUAAGAAUGUCUAGGACAUACAGUUUACUUAUUAUGAAAAAGAUGUUUUUCUCAGUCUCUUAAAUUAUGCCUUUCAUAGAGCAGUAAGGAGGAUUUGUCCUUUCAGAGAAAAGUUGUUUUCUUUUCCAAUCACAGACCUUUGGAAAAGAAUGAAUACCUUCAUUUGACACUUCUGUUUCUAACUGUAGAAAAUCCAAACUAGUAGUUGACAAACUAUUUUUAAAAUUCGCCUUUGAUAUCUGUCCCAUUCCAUUUUGCUUUGUGACUUUUUCAUU